CCAGCGCUGGCGGGGGCCGUGGGGCGGAGGCGGGGCAGCCCUGGGGCGAGCGGAGCAGGCUUUGAGGAGAGCGGCCGGGCAGCGGGUGUCGCGCCCCCUUCCCUGCGCACUGAGCCCGGGCCUCGAGCCCGCUCCCCCCGGGUCCGCCAAGGGCUGGAUGGAGGCGCUGGAGCUGCGAGGCGUGUGCUUCUGUCUCGGCCCGCGCUGGAGCUGGGGCUUUCCCUCGGAGAGGUUGGUGGGCAGCUGCGCCAUGUCGGAUAGCGACCUCGGGGAGGACGACGGGGCCGUGUCGCUGGACUUGUCGCAGUCGAGCAAGAGGAAGAGGAGGGGGAACCUCCCCAAAGAGUCGGUGAAGAUCCUCCGAGACUGGCUGUACGAGCACAGGUUCAAUGCCUACCCCUCUGAGCAGGAGAAGCUCAGCCUGUCCGGACAGACCAACCUCUCGGUGCUGCAGAUCUGUAACUGGUUCAUCAAUGCCAGGCGACGUCUCCUCCCUGACAUGCUUCGCAAGGAUGGCAAAGACCCCAACCAGUUCACCAUCUCACGCCGAGGGGGCAAGACGUCAGACAUGACCCUGCCACGGGGAGCUACCACAGGCUCUGGGGUGUUGGUGGUGCCUCCCAUGGCCUCAGCUGCCACGGCUCCCUCCAAGGUGUUGUCCAUGUCUGUGUGCCCACAGAUGAUUUGUCACCCUGCCCAGACGCUGGCCAGCAACGUGACAGUAGUGAGCGCCCACAGCAAGGAGCGGGAGAAGCAGGCCGCCUUUCAGCGGGUGGAGCUGGACCCCCACCCCAAGCCACACCUGGGCACAACAAACAGCACCAUGGCGCUGCUGGCCAGAACGGAUGCAGCCAGCCCUACUAGUGGACUCUUCAACACGCCGCCCCCCACACCCCCUGAAUUGUUUGGAGAGGACUUCAGCAGCUUUCAGCUGCUGGUGGAAGUGGCGCUGCAGAAGGCGGCAGAGCUGGAAUCUCAGAGGCAGAACGGGCAGCUGCCCCCCUCAUUGCACAUGGAACCCCAGGCUGCCCCAGUCUCCAAGUAGCCUGCCUCAGGCCAGUUCCUGCUGCUCUGUUUUUCCUUCCGUUCUACUAGGGUUAUUCUGGUUUGGUCUCUGUUGACAGGUGGAUUGUUUUCUGCAGUGAGGAUCCGCUUCCCAAGGGGGCUGAGCUCAGGCUUUCUCCCACCAGGAGCAGGACCUAAUGAAUCUGACUGCAUCCACAUCUAUGCAAGCUGGCUCAUCUCAAAAGCAGACUCCCUCUCCCAAGGGGCUACAGCAUCUUCAUGGUGGGGGAGGGUUUAUAUCAUUCAUUCAGCGUCACUGCAUUCUGGAGCUAUCACAUGGCUUCCACCUUCCUUUCCAACCUGGGUUUCUUAUGUGAUGGCAAGGGCAUCACUUCUAUCCAAAGGUGCCCAAAGGAGGUCAGCUCAGCUCCUUCGAAGGAUCUCGUAGGCUUUUAGCUGAGUGACCAUGACCUCUUAGUUUCACACCUCUUAGUACCACACCUGUUUGUUACAAUGUUAGACUUUGUACAGAGUUUCCCUUCUGAAACGCCUACUAACUUUCUUUUUUCUUGGCGUAACAAAGGUCCAAUCAGUGCUUCAUCUUACAUGGGGGAUGAAAAGAACCUUUUCUUUGAUGCAGCCUGGGAGGAAAAGUUCUCCUUAUUUUUGGAUUUGCCCCUUGGCUUCAGUUUUCCUCGCAUUUUGUGAAUUUUGUUGCCAGCUGGCUCAUAACCCUGUGGCCUGGAGGGGCAAAGAUGGAACUAACUGGAAACAUUAAAUCUGUGGCAUUCUCUUGCGUGGAAUGAAUUGGAAGCCCUAAGGUUAUAUAUUAGGGUUCUGUAUAUUGCCAGUAAAAACUCUGAGGUGCUGUUUAGCAAUUUUAUGUGCUGGAAACAUUUCCUGAUUGUGACUCUCUCUUUUUCCCUUUUUUUUUUUUUAAUUAUUAUUUUCUUCUUAAAGCUCCCCCCCAUUUCCCUGUGUUUCUUUUGAGGUCCAACUGAAGAUGUGCAUAUGGUAUCAUGGAACAGAGAAACGCUGACAGAAGCAGCUGAGGGCAUUUCAGUGUGGGUGGGGAAAGUGGGGUGAACCUGACUGACUGUGAAAUAAUUUUUGUACCAUUUUUUUUAUUCCUUUUUUAUUUUUUGGUGGAAAGGGGAUAUUGUUCGGAUAUGGAGUAUCUGCUUCUCUUCCUACAGUCGUAAUAUUUCAGUCUGUGUAAGGCUGCAUCUCCCUUUUAAGGAAUGAGCAAGGCAUUUCCUGAGAAGUAGAGUUGUCUUUGAAUCAGCAGCAAGCUGACAAACUGCCUAUGAAAUGUACGCUGGUUGGAGUUUCCUGGAGCCUUGCUUUCAUCAUGUUGAAUGUAGGUACUGCUACACUGGUGGGUGAUCUCUAGUGGCCAGCUGGCUUAUGCAAAAGGCCAGGUCUUGCAGGGCAUCUGAGCCUGCACUACAUCUGCUGCAGAAUUUGGCACAUCCUUACCUUACCAUGGCCACGACAACAAGGAAAACAGAAACCAACAUCUUUAGUCCUAUGAAUAGUUGCAGUAGCUGGUGGGGGCAGGUUUGGGUCACAAACUGCAGGCAGAGCGGUUAUGAAUCCAAAUAGCUGUGAGUUACACAACUUGCACCUUUUCAUUGAAUUGCAGCUCUUGGGCUCUGAGCCAAGAGUGAAUGGAAGCUGGGACAACCUGGGUCAGUGAAUGUCCCUGUGUUUAAAUAUUACUGUUUCACUGUAAAUGUAAGUUAAAUAGUGAUUAUAUACAUACCUAUCUAUCUUGAGAAACACUAAUCCUAGGUUAUUAGCCUAAUUAUUAUGUUGCAUGAAUAGAUAUUAAUGUUAGCAGGAUACGAUGCUGCAACUUGCUAUUGGCAUCCGCAUCUGCUGCAGACAGGAGAUUUUGUAAGCAAUAGAAAAGAGCAGUGCAUUGUGGAACUUAGGACAUUAAAGGCAAAAGUGACAGCUUAUUGGGGGAAUCUCUUAAGUAACCUUCCCAGUGGGAGUAAAAAGGAGAAAUCAGGAGCUGCAAGUAAUGCUGUCUGUAGCAAUUGGACAUCCCACUUCCUAUGUCUCUCCGACAGGCCAGAGACUUGCUUCUCUGGUCUGCCCCUUCCAGUACUGUGCAUCGGUGCAUAUUAGAUGUGAAAUGGGAGCAUUCUGGCUUCACUUAUGUCUUAGUCCCAGCAUGUGCUGGUGCACAGGACCUCAAAAGGGGCGAGGCAAUGCAAAAUCUACCUCUGGGUUCCCUUCAAGGCAGAAGGACAGCUGGUGCACUGUCUGGAAACUUCCUACCCUGGUAAUCAUGCAUAGCAUGUUCUGUGCUGUCAUGAUGGGGUGUGUCUGGGGAAGGACAGUUGCCAUCAGCUUUUCACUACUUCCCCUCAUGAUUCCUAUUUUGCCCCCUUCCCCACCCC